GACAGCGGUGUGGACGUUGAUUGUAGUAGUGGAGUGCGAAGGGAGCGUGCUACCGUGCGUUCCACUAUUUAUAAUCAAAUGGGCUGCGCUAGUGUGCGUGUGUGCACACGUUAUGCACCGCACCAACACAGGGGGACGCGUCGAGCGAGGCAAUGAUGUGCACGAAGUAUUAUCCCUUAUUACACGAUUUGCUUCCGUGCCGGCCGCACGUGCAAUAGUCGUCUGUCGACCUCUUUUGUAGAGCGGCGUGCGAAGUCAGUUUGUUUACAUCGGUUAGCCGCAGCGAUGCAUAGUGCGUUAGUUAGCGCGAUUGUGUCAUCGAUCGUGCGCUGGUUACACCUAAAUUGCGAGUGAUUUACGGACAAUGUACCGCACGAGUUUUUUGCGGCCAAAACUUUUUGUGAUCUUGUGAACUUUUGAGGUCGGAACUUUACCUGUGAUCUCAUUAUCGCCAAAUUGAACUGUGUUUAUUUUUAUUUCGGACUCUGUGCCAUUUGGUGUGUCAAAGUGAACUUUUUGAGUGAUAUUUUCGCAAAAUUGACUUUCGAGAAAUUUUCGACGAGAAAACUUUUUUACCCCUUGAAACUUUUUCUGAUUUAUCCGAGAGAGAAUUUUUGAGGAAGUAAAAUUUUUGGAGAACGGUAUUUGGAAAUUAAAAGAAAAAUUUUUUGAUUCAAUUUUUCAAUAAAAACGAAGAAGUGGAUCUAAAAGCAAGGAGAACUUAACACAAACAGGCACACAGCAUUUAUGCAUAACAAACAAACAGCGAUCUGUCCACGCUUCUUCCGUAGAAAAAGACUUUGCGAGAGACAAAGAUGGCUAUAGCAUUCAACUUGCCGAGUGAGAGAGAGGCAUCAGAGGAGAACUUUUCGCGGCUGAACCGGCUUCUAGCCGAGCUGUACGAAGUUCUGUGCCACAUCUUGGUAUCGCGACAGCCUGGCCAAGAAGUCCAGGACAAUAGGCGAGAACGACCCUACUCCGAAUCAGACAUACCCCAACCACCACCACAGACACAGCAGUGCAGAAGAUCAGCAUCAUCACCCCCCCUCACUCUAACCCUGGAUUCAGACUUAGAAGACGAUGUCUUCGCCCCAAGAUCUGAUCGAACGAACGACCUUUUCGCCACUAGGAAUCUGGACAUUUUCGGUUAUGGGAGUCCUAGAACGCCAGCAGGAGUUCUUCUGAGUCAUAGAAGAGAGAGGACGUUUACGUUUUCUGUAACGAGUGAGAAGCAUUGGAGGGAUAAGGGGGGGACGGAUGUGGCGGAUGGCGUUAGUAGGGGGGAUGGCAUCAGUGAUACCGAUAGUGAUAGAGAUUUGGAUGAGACGGACGCGCCCUCUACGGAGAAAGCAGCAGAGACUUCAAUAUUCUCUUCAAUAAUACCGGACAAGUUGUCCGGGUCUAUCUGCACGGCCGUACUCUUCGUGCUGGGUUGGAAGCUGUUCUCCAACAAACGGUGAACGCAGGGAGGCAGGAGUAGUGGUAUAUUCUUGGUGGGGAAAUGUUUUAUAGGGAUGUGUGACGUUGUAUAUAAUAUAUUUUUUAUUUGAAAUAAUGUAACAAAUGGAGAUUUGAUGAAAUUAUGGUUAGCCUCUUUUAAAUUACAUUUUCAAAAUCCUGCAAGGAAAAAUUUAACAUUAACAGCCUUACUACAAAAACUUGAACAUCUGUUGAACGCUUGUCUAAAAGACUGCAACGUUAUAAUCUGUCAUUUUUUAGACAAGCAUUCAACAGACGUUUAAAAGUGUUCGUGAUAGGACGGUAAACCUUUUUAAAUUAGUUAAAGUAAUAUUUUCAAUAAACAUAUAAAAAGUUUAUUUUAUAAUUUUUAAUUCAGUGACAAAAUAUGAAAUUUUAUAUUAUAUCUUCACUACCUAUAUAAAUGACGGCUAACAUAUUUCAAUAAAACAUUUUCUCUCAUAAUAUUCUUAAGCGUACGACGAAUAAAUAAGCGUUAUUCUCUGCGCUACGCUUUUUGUAUUUGUACAUUUAUUGAGGAUUAUUAAAAUAAUCCAAAUUUUGAAUAAAUAAUUUUUAUUAUUAGACGUAAUAAUACACGGCUUUAAUGUAAAGUUGUGUGUUUGUGUAUCGUCUAUCGAACGCACACAUGUAUAUUAAAAUUAUAUGUUAAUACGUAGUGAUAUUUAUAAAUUUAAAUGUUUGGUCCAUGGCAAAAUAUAGACUUGCUGCUACUUUUUUAUAUAAAAAAACUCUGUAGUGAAAAAACUGAUUUAAAAAAUUUCGUUUUUAGUGAGAGAACAUAUUUUUGUAAAUCAAAAUAUUGUUUGUAAAAAAACAACAGAAAAUUAAAAAAAAAACAUGUUAGACACUUUUUCACGAUGUUAUAACUGUUUUUCAGGUUAAGACAUUAUAAUCAAUUUCCAAUAAGCAAAAAAUGCACAAAAUUAAUAUAAAUAUUGCUGUUGUAGAAAAAACACGUUUGGAAGUAAUUCUAAAAUUAAAUUAAUUAUGUUGAAAAUAACCGUAUAAUAUUUAAAAAAAAAGUUUACUAAAGUGUCAAUUUACAUUCCGCUUUCGAUGUUGAUAUUAUAUCCGUAAAUAUUUCAUAACUAUACCUAGUUAUAAUAAACAUACUUAUUUAAGGAAUUUCGAAGUAUUCAGAAGAAUGGACCAGCGAUGUUAUAGAAAAAUAGAUUUUAUUUAAAACAUUAAUAAAGUCCGUUUUCCCAUAAAUUGUUCCAAAGAGAGCAGCCUAAAAAUUAUUAUCGAUUGAUCUCAUUUUUUUUAUUUUUUUGUGUAAUAAAAAUGUUUAUUUUAAAUAUUGUAGCGUUAAACCAUUGUGGUGAGUGCCAAGUUAUUUCAAUGGAGAUUUUAUAAGAUGGUAUAUUUUGAUAAUUAAUUAUCAUUAAUUGUAUAUAAGUUAGUUAAGAAUGAUUGAUAAGCUCUGUCACGUCUGAUCGUCAAGCAAUUUGUUAAAAUCUAUUCAAUUACUUGGAAUGAUAAAGACACAUUGUUUUAAAUCAAUUUGUAAUUAAAUUGAUGCAAAAUUGAUGGGUUGUUUACGAUUCGGAUUUUGUAAACUAGUUAAAUUAGUUAAGUAUUUGAACACAUUGAAUAGGCAAAAGUAAAAAUCUAAUGAAAAAACACUUUUUAUACACUGCUGAUAAAAAAUUGGACGUGCUUGCUCUGGUAUUUUCACAAAGGAACAAAACUGACAUGAGUAGUUCAUAUAUGGAUAUAUUUAGCUUUUACGCAUUCAUAGUUUUGUAAAUAAGAAUACUCCCAUAGUUCUGCUAGAUGAUAACUCAUACCUAGGUACUUUUAAGUUACAAACGAGGCUUCGAUAAAAAGAAAAGAAAACAGUUUUUGAUCCAUACGAAACCAAAAAAGUUUUGUUUUAAUUUUGUACACAAAAAUGGGAACAAAAACGUUAUUGGGAACAAUUCGUAAAUUACUUUUUUUUGACGCCAUUUUUUUAUUUCAAUAAUUUUAUUUUAAGAUAACAAAAUAUACGGAAGAAUGUGUUCAAAUGUGAUAUGUAUUUAUUUAAGGAAACGAUUAAAGUAAAAAACAAGUUUUCCUAAUGAUCUCUUGGAAACUCUUAUCUGCUGAUCAUAUUUUCGAUUUUUGUUGACAAAUAUAGGUAAUAUAAAAUUGUUAAUCUACUAGGAAGAUAAAAUCUCAUCCUUUAUUUUCUCUUUUAUUUUUAUAUAUUUUUAAUCAAAAGGUAAAUUACAGACGUGGUGUUAGUGAAAGUGAAAACCAAAGUAUUUUGAAAAUAUAUUUGUCAACAAAAACUCUGAAAAUCAAACAGAAAAGAUGCAUUUAAGAGUUCUGUACAUAAAUUAAAAUUGGUAUGCUUAAUGCUCCUUUUGUAAGAAUAUAAUCUGUAGUUGCGAAAAUUUCUAAAUUUCCAUAGUGAUAAUGCUUAACAUGAAAACAACAAAAUUUGUAUGGAAGAUGCAAAAAUAUAAUUAUUUUUAUUAUAGUAGCACAAUAAGAGAAAUAAAGGUAUCCUAAAAAUCUUAAAAAAUAAAUUUAUUAAAUAAUUUUCGAAAAAAUGUAGUCAAACUAUUGGUUAUAGAGACAAAAUGCGAUAUUUUUUUGCAACUUCCACAUAGAUUUUCCAAAAACUAAACAUGCUUACUGCUGUAAUCUCAUAAUUAUAACUAUAAUGAUAUUUUAAUUAUAAUAAAAUUUUAAGCAAUAUAAUUGUAAUUUACUCAUAGUGUGUAAGAUUUAUCUCACUACCAAGCCUUUCUUAAUUAUUUUACGAACAAAAAAGAAAAAAUUGUUUAUUAAAAAACAAUUUUCUUUUUGUAGUUUAUUUUUAGUGAAAAUCGUGUGAUGUACACUGUGUAUAAAAAUGGCCUGUAUAUUUUAGCUAAUUUAAGAUUUUAGUGAAUUAGUUUUUUUUUUAGUUUUUAAACAUUAUUAUUUAGCAUGUUUUGUAUAACAGUCAUACCAAUUGACUUUAAUUAAGUUCUUUUUGUAAUUAUUUUCAGAUCAACUGCCAAUUUAUUAUAUUCUGUGUUUUGAUAUUUCUUUAUUUGAAAAUAUACUUUUUUUUAUAAAUA